AGCCAAGGAGAGAAUCUAUUCACAUGAGCUGAGCACCCAGUUGGGAGAAGGGAGCUGAUUCCAGAGGCGUUCUCCAUCCAUCUAUUUACCUUUUUCAUCUUUUUCCCUCCCUCCAAUCAACUUUGCAAAGUCAGUAUGCCAUCACUUCCUGCAGAGGCUGAAAUGAAUGCCCUCUCUUGCCCUCACUUCUCAGCCAGCUGCAUCCCCAAUGGAGGUCUGGCAAAGGAGUCCAGCAGUACCCUUGAGAAAGACCCUUGUAACAACACAGAAAAGGAAAGGAAGUGGAUCAGGCCUGAUGCGCCAAGCAAGUGCAGCUGGGAGCCCGGAAAAUCUCCCUCUGAAUCACCACAUCACCAUGUCACACUAACAAAGACUCCACAUAUUAUGCCAAACAUCCUGAAGAAAAUCGGCGACACUCCAUUGGUGCGAAUCAACAAGAUUGGAAAGCAGUUUGGUCUUAAAUGUGAACUUUUGGCAAAAUGUGAGUUUUUCAAUGCUGGAGGUAGUGUGAAGGACCGAAUUAGCCUUCGUAUGGUUGAAGAUGCUGAAAGGGAUGGUAUUCUGAAACCUGGGGAUACUAUUAUUGAACCAACUUCAGGAAAUACAGGGAUUGGACUGGCCCUGGCAGCUGCAGUGAAAGGCUACCGCUGUAUAAUUGUGAUGCCAGAAAAAAUGAGCAUGGAGAAGGUGGAUGUCUUGCGUGCUCUUGGAGCUGAAAUUGUAAGGACUCCAACUAAUGCGAGGUUUGACUCUCCAGAAUCUCAUGUCGGGGUGGCAUGGAGACUGAAAAAUGAAAUCCCCAACUCUCACAUUUUGGAUCAGUAUCGCAAUGCCAGUAAUCCUCUGGCCCACUAUGACACAACAGCAGAGGAGAUCCUACAGCAGUGCGAAGGUAAUAUAGACAUGGUUGUGGCUGGAGCUGGCACAGGGGGCACCAUCACUGGCAUUGCCCGAAAACUAAAGGAGAAAUGCCCAGGAUGCAAAGUUAUAGGUGUUGAUCCUGAAGGCUCCAUCCUUGCAGAACCUGAAGAACUGAAUGCAACAGACAAAACUAGUUAUGAAGUCGAAGGGAUUGGAUAUGAUUUUAUACCUACAGUUCUGGACAGAUCACUGGUGGAUCAAUGGUAUAAAUGCAAUGAUGAGGAGACAUUUGCCUUUGCGCGCAUGUUAAUCAGGGACGAAGGAUUGUUAUGUGGUGGCAGCUCUGGCAGUGCAAUGUCUGUGGCUGUGAAGGCUGCCAAACAACUGAAAGAAGGCCAGCGGUGUGUUGUCAUCCUCCCUGACUCUGUCAGAAACUACAUGUCCAAGUUUUUGAGUGACAAAUGGAUGACCCAAAAAGGGUUCAUGACAGAAGAGAAUGACAUCAUCAACAAACCUUGGUGGUGGCACUUGAAAGUUCAGGAACUGACCCUCUCUGCCCCUCUUACAGUACUACCAAGUGUCACCUGUGAAAAAACUAUUGAAAUACUUAAAGAGAAGGGCUUCGACCAGGUACCAGUUGUUGAUGAAUCAGGAGUGAUUUUGGGAAUGGUUACUCUUGGCAAUAUGCUUUCUUCAGUGCUUGCGGGCAAAGUACAGCCAUCAGACCAAGUCAGUAAAGUCAUCUACAAGCAAUUCAAAAAGCUGUCAAAUGAAUCAUCCUACAAAAUGAUCCAUCUGCAGGACAACUUGGGAAAGCUGUCUCAUAUUUUGGAAAUAGACCACUUUGCUCUGGUGGUUCAUGAACAGAUUCAGUCUGCUGUGGAGCAAGCUAAGACUGGUGCCUCAACACCUAAAACAACACUAUUUUUACAAGAUCACAGCAAUGGUGAAUCCAGUAAAAGGCAAAUGGUGUUUGGUGUUGUCACAGCAAUUGACUUGCUUAAUUUCGUGACUGCUCGAGAACAGCAGAAAAGGGCAACCUAACUUCAAGAAUACUGUUAAAUCUUGGUGGUAAAUUUUAAAGUGGCUUUUCACUGUAUUUUAAAGUGUCACCCUCUCCCCCCCCCCCUCCGCCGCACUUCCCUUUUUAUUAUAACAGCCUCAAAAUUUUUGUUUUGGUUUAAACAUAUAAACCAAAAGUCAUCAGCAAGAAAUAUUUGUUGCCAUUGAGUCUCUGCAGAUCUAAAUUCCAGGAUGCAAUGGACACCCCAACAUUUAGGGAACUUAACUUUGUGGUAGUGCUCAAGAUCAUUGAUAUCAUUUUCACACAACUGAGCAGCAGGACAAAUAUUCAUUUCAUGAUUGGUGUGACAAGGUCAUCAAGGAAGGUAAUAGUAUCCUUAUGGGGGCUUUCCAAAGCCACAGUAGUCCUCCUGUUAUAUGGGGAGCCCAUUUGGAAACUAUCCUUCUCUGUAUUACAUUUCAUUUUUUUAACAGCUAUGGAAGAGAGAUGGUCUUAGAUAUCUCAUUCGUCUUCCAAGUUCAUAAAUGUAAUAUCUACUGGAUAUGUUCUCUAUUACAGACAUAUGAAAAUACAUCUGUGUCCAAACGUGACUUUUAUGAGAAGACACUUUUCAUGUUUUUCUAACAAAAUUAUAGUUACUGUAUAUGUGGAGUAAUGAGGUGGACUCCAAAUAUGUUCUGUCUCCUUAAGAAUCUGGAAGUAAAGUCAGUGGCAGGGACAAAUGUCCAAUCUGUCCAAUGUCCAAUAAGAUGUUUCCCCAAACUCCAAAAUACUGAGUGGCCAAUCUUCUAGCUGUCUUAACAUGAGCUUAAUAGACUGCCCCAAAUUGUGAAGAAAUGGAGAAACAAGGGCAGAAUUCGAGUUAGCAAAAAAUACAUAAAAUAGAAACAGGGAAGAGUUUUUACCAGUAAAUCAGCAAAUUGGUUUUGUCAUGCUCUCCACACUUACUUUGUAUCAAAAUUGUGCAUUCUGUAUUUUCUACACAUUGUGUAUAAGGAUGUCAGACUUGCAUCAUCUUCAAUCAACACUAUUUUUUCCUUUGUUUUGUAUUAUUUGCUCUGUCAAACAUAAUGUGAAUAACCUGGAUUUGUAAUAACCUAUUGUCCCCUAAUUUGGAUAGCAGAAUUUUCUAGAGCGAUAUUUGUAUUCUGGAAGGGUGUUUGUAUUCAUUUUGUUGGAGCAGUAACAAGUCCUUUGGCACCUGAAAGAUUUAACAGUUUUUAUUUGGCAUACACCUUUUCUUCUGAGAUACGUGUAUCUAAAUAAAGAAAUGGGUUGUCACCAGCAGAAGUUCAUGCCAAAGAAAUGUGUUUGAUAACGUAAAACAUGGAAUGUCUGUAUAUUUUGUUCUGUGAAGACCAAAUCAUGUUUCCUGGAUUUUAAUUCAAAUCUUAAAAGUGCUAAUUAUGAUUUUUAA